AAGUCAGAGUGGGACGUGGGCGCGAGGAGACAGGCGGUGGCUACAACGGUGAGGGGAGCUGAAGCUGCAUCGGGGCAACCAGGCCAGGCCAAGGGGACCAUGUGAAUGGGGCCAGAGGGCUCCUGGGCUGGGCAGGGACCAUGGGCUGUAGCUGCAGCUCAAACCCUGAAGAUGACUGGAUGGAAAAUAUUGAUGUGUGCGAAAACUGCCACUAUCCCAUAGUUCCACUGGAUGGGAAAGCCACGUUAUCCAUUCGGAAUGGCUCUGAGGUGCGGGACCCACUGGUUACCUAUGAGGGCUCCAUCCCUCCAGCCUCACCACUGCAAGAUAAUUUGGUUAUUGCCCUGCACAGCUAUGAGCCCUCUCACGACGGAGACCUGGGCUUCGAGAAGGGCGAACAGCUUCGCAUCUUGGAGCAGAAUGGUGAGUGGUGGAAGGCGCAAUCUCUGACCACAGGCCAGGAAGGCUACAUUCCCUUUAACUUUGUGGCCAAAGCAAACAGCCUAGAGCCCGAACCCUGGUUCUUCAAGAAUCUGAGCCGCAAGGACGCUGAGCGACAGCUGCUGGCGCCGGGGAACACACACGGCUCCUUCCUGAUCCGAGAAAGCGAGAGCACCGCGGGAUCGUUUUCACUGUCUGUCCGGGACUUUGACCAGAACCAGGGAGAGGUGGUGAAGCAUUAUAAGAUCCGUAACCUGGACAACGGCGGCUUCUACAUCUCCCCUCGCAUCACUUUCCCUGGCCUGCAUGAACUGGUCCGCCAUUACACCAACAAUUCGGACGGGUUGUGCACGCGGUUGAGUCGCCCCUGCCAGACCCAGAAGCCGCAGAAGCCGUGGUGGGAGGAUGAGUGGGAGGUUCCCAGGGAGACGCUGAAGCUGGUGGAGCGGCUGGGGGCAGGUCAAUUCGGGGAGGUGUGGAUGGGAUACUACAAUGGACACACCAAAGUGGCUGUGAAGAGCCUGAAGCAGGGCAGCAUGUCUCCCGACGCCUUCCUGGCAGAGGCCAAUCUCAUGAAGCAGCUGCAACACCAGCGGCUGGUCCGGCUGUACGCUGUGGUCACCCAGGAGCCCAUCUACAUCAUCACGGAAUACAUGGAGAACGGAAGCCUGGUGGAUUUCCUCAAGACCGCCAUAGGCAUCAAGUUGACUAUUAAUAAACUCCUGGACAUGGCAGCCCAGAUCGCUGAAGGCAUGGCAUUUAUUGAAGAGCGGAAUUAUAUCCACCGUGACCUGCGGGCAGCCAACAUUCUGGUGUCUGACACCCUGAGCUGUAAGAUUGCAGACUUUGGCCUGGCACGCCUCAUCGAGGACAAUGAGUACACAGCCAGGGAGGGGGCCAAAUUUCCCAUUAAGUGGACAGCACCAGAAGCCAUUAACUAUGGAACAUUUACCAUCAAAUCAGAUGUGUGGUCUUUUGGGAUUCUGCUAACAGAGAUUGUCACCCAUGGCCGUAUUCCUUACCCAGGGAUGACAAAUCCUGAGGUGAUUCAGAACUUGGAGCGAGGCUACCGCAUGGUGCGACCUGACAACUGUCCUGAGGAGCUGUACAACCUCAUGAUGCUGUGCUGGAAAGAGCACCCAGAGGAUCGGCCCACCUUUGACUACCUGCGAAGUGUGCUGGAGGACUUCUUCACAGCCACAGAGGGCCAGUACCAGCCCCAACCUUGAGGGGCCAAGUGGCCUUGGGGCCUGGAGCACUCCCCUCACUCGCCACCUACAUCUCUCAGCUUGGGGAGAGAGAGUUCCAGUGCUCCACUAAUAUGGCCUACGCACACAAGGACUCUGCACAUGAUUCUGUCCACAUGUAACACACAUCUAGUUUAGUGCAUCUCUCCUCUACUUGUGUGGGUUCCUCAUGUGUGUCUUCUAUAUGAGGAGCCUGUGCACCUAUGUCUUGGAUACCUGCCUCAGGUGCCCCUUUCUGGACUCUCCUACUUUCUGAGACCAUGAGAGAGCAGACUUGGGCUUGUGAUAGACACCAGCUUCUGGCUUCACUCUCUUUCUUUCCCCAGGUAGUCAAGAAACUCCUAGAAGGUUGGAACCUUGUCUAAUACAUCUUUGUGCUCCUCUUUGGUGCCUAGCACAAAUCAGGAGCUCAAUAAAUGUUUGUGGAUAAGUGUUGU